AUGUCAUUUUGGGAUAACAAUAAAGAUAAGUUCAAGUCAGCAGGUAAAUCAAUUGGCCAUGGUGCAAAAUCAAUUGGAAAAGCAGGUGUAAACACAUACAAAAAACAUGAUGCUAAACGUAAAGGUGUAGAAUACGUUGAUCCAUCAACUCAACAACAAUCUCAACCAGUAGACAAUACACCACAACCAAUGCAACCACUACAACCACCUAGUCAGAUGCAGUUGCCCCCAAGUGAUCAGUUACGCUCUUUACCUCCACCACCAAAGAGAAAUGUCCCCGCACUUAAAGUAGGAGAAGCUUUGCAGUACGUUGCCCCUUCUGGUGCCGUGCCACAAUAUCAACAACAACAACAACAACAACAACAACAACAACAACAACAACAACAACAAUUUCAGCAACAACAACAACAACCUACUCCACCAGCUUAUGAUGGUACCCAACAACAACAACAACAACUCCAACAACCGGGAUAUGAACAACCUCAACCAGGCUAUGGACAACCUCAACAGCCUACGUAUCAGCAGCCGCAACAACCUGCAUAUCAGCAACUUCAACAGCCUACGUAUCAGCAGCCUCAACAACCUGCAUAUCAGCAACCUCAACAGGCUUAUCAACAACCUGAACAACCUCAACAGCCAGUAUAUCAGCCACCUCAGCAACCUCAACAGCCAGUAUAUCAGCCACCUCAGCAACCUCAACAGCCAGUAUAUCAGCCACCUCAGCAACCUCAACAGCCAGUAUAUCAGCCACCUCAGCAACCUCAACAGCCAGUAUAUCAGCCACCUCAGCAACCUCAACAGCCAGCAUAUCAACUGCCACUGCCUGGGUUUCAACAACAACAAGCGCAACCAAACUAUCAAAGACCAUCCCCACCAGUCCCAGCUGUUGGUAUGCAAGAACCAGCAGCACAACCCCAACCACCACAAUCAUUUCAAGAUCGAUUUUCUCAACAGUUGGCUAAUUCAGUGGCACAGCAAGCAACUCAACAAAUCGGUCUGCAAAUCAGUCAGAAAUAUAAUCAAAUCGCCCACCCAAAUCAACAACAACAACCAGUACAACAACCUCAACCAGCUAUUCAACAGCAACAACCUGGAGUAGAAGGACAGCCACAGUCGUUUCAACUGCAAUUUAGUCAGAAAUUGGCGGAUUCAGUGGCAAAGCAGGCAACUCAACAGAUUGGUCUGCAGAUCAGUCAGAAGUAUAUUCUGGUUGUGCAUCCUAAUCAACCACCAGUGGAUCAACAGCAGCAACAGCAGGUACAGCAGGUACAGCAACCAGUGCAACAGCAAUAUGGACAGCCAGCCCAGCAACUGCAACAAUACGGACAGCCUCAACAACAGCAAUAUGGACAACCGGUUCAACAACCUCAACCAGUACAAUAUGGACAAACGGUUCAACAACCUCAACCACAACAACCAGUACAAUAUGGACAGCCGGUUCAACAACCACAACAAAAUGGGCAACCAGUUCAACAGCAAUAUGGACAAACACCAGUACAAACUGCUGCUCCGCUUCCUCAAAGAUCAGUUCCACCUGUUCCUCCAGUCCGUAAUCCUAGUGGCCAAUUACCAGCUCAAGUCCAGCCUACACCUCCUGCAGUUAGUUAUGAUAAUCCGUACCAUACUCCACCUGUCAGUCAACCAGUUCAACCAGUAGCGCAAUAUGAACAAGCAGUAGAGCCACAACAACCAGUAUUUCAAGAACCUCACCAUAUACCAAAACCAGCACCGGAUCCAACUCAAUUUAUCCCACCACCAGUUCGUAGAGAUAGGGAUGCAAGUUCCAAACCACCAACUUUAAGUAGAACUGAUACUACUACAACUACUUCACUGCAAUCAGUUUCACCAAAUCCGGCAGUUCGAGUAGCAGCAGCACGACCUCCUCAACCGGCCAGAUCAAGUGCUCCAACAGUUGAUUCGAUCAAAUUUGCCCCACCUCCAAGCAUAUAUCGUGGUCCUAAUGAUGCCCCAGGAGGACAUCCACGUCCAGAUAAGACUGUAUCCCCAGCAGUGGCAGUAUUAUCUGACAGACAUGAAUCAGUUUCUCCACCUGUGGUGAAGGCUAAACCACCAAAGCCAAAGAAAUUACAAGUUGAAAAUACUAGUCAUUCGCCAAGUCCAGUCGCAGCUGCAAAUAUGGGGUUGAAUUUAAAUGCGUUCCCUCCAGCACCACCAAGAUAUUCAGCCACUCCUGAAAAGGAAGAAGAAAAGGUUGAAGUUUCACAUAAGAAAGCACCGCCUCCUAAGCCGAUGAAGAAGGUGACUACUGGUGAUACCAAACCGACCAAGCCAAUGAAGAAACCAAGUAUUGUUGCUACGACUCAGCAGAGCGAUGUUUCUGAUGAGUUGAAUAAUAUUCUUAGUAGAAGGAAAGUCAAACUGGAAUCGCCACAAGAAGUGUCCAGUCCCGAAGUUAAGCCAAAACCUACAGUUCCGGCUUAUCAUCAUACUGUUCCAAAACCACCUCCUGCGAGAGCUAUCAGUCCUGCAAUUUCAAAGUCGCCAUCGCCGCCUCCACCACCUCCGAGGAGUUAUACCCGUGCUGCUGUCGCGGUCCCACCUCCACCACAACCACAACCAAUACAACCUACUGGUCCACCACAGCUUGAUUUAGAACUUCAUACAGCAUGGUAUGCCAACACAUCCGGUUCGUUAGAAUUACCAAAGUCCCUCCGAGGACUCAAUUACAACACCAGUUAUUCGAUGCGAGGAACUUCUCAUUCAAGAACCGUCACCGCCAGACUCAAAGACCUUUCAAUCAUCUCAUAUACAUUCACAUGGAACACUAAUGAUAUAGUUAACGUCCAAACCUCCAUAUCCAAAUAUGUUCCAUCUCCAAUCACAAGUCGAAUCCCAACUCAGGAAGAACUUAUUGAGAAUAAUAAUCGAUUUGAUGAAUAUGUCGCCUCUUGGGCCCAACAUAAUUAUGGACAAACCGUUGGCAGAGGGGAAUGUUGGGAUCUUGCCAAAGAGGCCUUGGAAAAGGGAUGUGGGAAGCAUGCUUUCGUGCUGAGCUAUACACAUCACGGAUAUCCUAUCUUGCAGCUCAAAAAUAAUGGAAAUGGCAUUGAGAAUAUAGAUGGAAGAGGACAGUUGGAUGAAGUGAGAAGAGGUGAUAUUAUUCAGUUUAAGUCUUGUCUGUUUUAUAAUCCCGCUUUGAGGAGGACUCAGACUGUAGGUGCGCCUGAUCAUACUAGUGUGGUUGUGGGCAGAGAUGGGGAGAAGGUCUUGGUGUUGGAACAGAAUGUAAAUGGGGUUAGGAAGGUUAUGGAUGGGGAGUAUGUUUUGGGUGAUUUGACGGGGGGUGAGGUUGUGGUGUAUAGAGUCAUGCCUGCUGAAUGGGCUGGUGAGUUAUAG